CGACUUUAUGGUAUGAUCUUUAUCCUGGCAAUACCGAAGAAGUCAAGACCUAUUCAGAACAUUCCAGUAUGGUUUUUAGGGUAUUGACUGUGAACAGACUGUAAAAUGGUUUUACAUUCAUUGGCUUGCAUCGACCAACUUUCAUUUCUGACAAACAAUGCUUUUGUGCAUUUGAUCAUGGACAAUAGGGGACAGGCCAAAGGCAUUACAGCCACAAGAGGACACAACCCAAAAUGUGCAGCGACUUCAAGACAUACUUUUUGUGCAAACAUCAACGACUAUCCUUACAAAUUGGUGUUAAACGGCAUCAGAAAAUCUAACAUUGACAUCAGAAGACUGCUUGUCCACGAGUCGAGGAAUGAAGAACCAGAUCUGAAUUUUGUAAACUCAGCACGAGAUUACCGACAACUACAAGCUCAAAGAUUGUUGCAUUCUAAUAACACAUCACAGAUACUUUUUCCAACCAACUGUCGAAUUACCAGAUGCCAACCGUAAGUGAUUUAAUGCCAGACUAUGUUUGUCUGUGAUAAAGUAUUUGUAUAAUGUUUUGUCAUCAAAAUCUAUUUAAUUGUAUUUAUUUCGUUCACACGUAAUUUCCGUUUGAUGGUCUUAACAGUUAUGAAAUCGUUUAAAAAUAAAGAUAUCUUAGGUACCAACCAUUAAAAAAAAUUACUUACUUUCAUUGGCAAGCGCAAGUUUUUACAUUUUUCUACCUCAUUGAAGCGAAAGAAAUCGAUAGGAAUUUUUUCAAUGCAAUCUUCACAAUAGGCUUUCAAUAUUUCAUAAACUAUCGUUAAAAACGGUUAGUAUCUGUAUUUAACGGCGUUUUUCUAAUUGGUAUCGGAGAUUUCAGUAUUCCCGUAUUUCUCAAUUCUUGUAAAGUGUACUUAAAGAGUGAAGAGAGCAGCCUUUGAAUCGAUCUGACUUGAGCCUCGGUAGUUUUCAAUCCAACGCGUUUAUGCAAAUAAUCGGGCAACAGUGAGAUACCAAACGGUGCAAUAGAGCUAGUCAUCACUAUCACCAACGAAGAUCCCGCUUUUGUCCUGCUGCAUUUCUACGUAAUCAAUCCUCACCAACAGACAUAAAUACAAUCAAAAACUAGUUAUUCUCAAUCGAACCGGAAGUUUUUUUCAAGCAAAUUAUCCGUUUUCAAGACAGUUAUAGUCUGAUCAACUCUUCUGCAAAAUGACGUUAGACAGCAAAUGACGGACGCCUGUAAUUAAAUCGCAUGUGUAUCUAUCUCUCAGCUACAGUUGAUUGUUGUUGACCAUUCAGCGAGCUAUUAAAAAGGUCUCCCACAUUAUCAUAUCAAUCUAGCAACUCUGUAUUAAAGACUGUAUAUUAUUUUAUUUCUUUAAAAUAAUUUCGAUACUUGAAUAAAGAAGUUCUUCAUUUUAUAUUGUAUCAAAAUAGUCAGUCUUGCUUUAGAGACCACUUUUGUAUGUUAUUAAUUGGCCCUCAAGAUUUAAUAAAAUGUCAAAUGACAAUUGGUAUAUCCAUCCGACCUUAUUGUGGCGUUUCGGGCUGAUCAAACAAACAGAAUUAGCUACGACGUGUCUAAUGAUUAAAACUCAAUAUCGGACAAAGCGCGUUAUACGUGACGUAAGAUUGAAGAGGAGUUGACAAACUGUUUGUAUAUUCUUCUGUGCGUUCUGGGGAAAGCAGAAAGUUUCUAGGGCAAUCUUUCUUAUAGUCAAGAAAGCUUUAUCGAGCAGGAAAAGGGAUCACAGCAUACACUACUGAAUCAUACAUCGUUGAUCUAGACAUACUAUAUUGAUUGAUUAGAUUGGUUUGACCAGUGGUGUAUGUUUUGGCUCUGAAAAUACUGACGUGAGUUGACUCGACUAUAAUCAAGUUUACACUCGCAACUCGCACUGAACUGUUAUUCUAAAGGUCGGUAAUUAUUAAAUGCAGUUCCAUAUUCUCCAUUUUUUUCUUCAGCACUAAAGAUAGCCACGAUAGAAUUUAUAGCAUAUUAUAUUGUCUAGAACCGUCCAGUAGUCCAGAAAGGAACUUUUGCCGUCCACUCGGUAUAUGCAAUUUUGAAGUGAAUUAAAAUGUCACUAACAAAUAUUAUUUUAUAUCGGUAUUCUUUAGAAGAGAUAUUAAUUAUUGAUAGGUUAUUAACAUUUGAAAAUGACAUUGAAUUAUUGUAUUGCUUAUUGCUUGCUCGUAGCUAUUUUUAAGGUUAAGAAAUGCGUUAAUUACCUAUAUUGCGUUACACGUACCAGAGUGCGAACAAUACCAAAGCGGCUUAAUACUCUUAUGCCAAAGGCAUUCCAUUUUUAAGUAAAAAGUUAAUUAAACAAAUAUUUAACAUUCACCGUACAACACAAGUCAGAUCGUUUAACAUCAACGAGGCUAGCUCAAACUUCAAUGUCCUAGCAAAUAUGUGUAUAAAUGCUUCAAGAUGUGUUUCUCAAAUGCAUUAACCAGCUACUAUCAUGUGUGAACUUGCAUUAGGACUUUGGCAUAUCUGAAUCUAUCAGGAUGGUAAAGUUUAUGUAAAAUAUACGGUUUUCCUUCCUUCUUCACUUUUUACCUACGAUAAAAAAUGCGUUUUUUUUAUUUUUUUUGUUCAAAAAAUUUGCCUUGUUUGUUGCUUCCAACGUAAUUGUAAAAGGAUGGUAUUCUCUCUGGAAUCGGUGAUUGUUGUGACCACAUAUGCUUAAAAUAGAUACUGUGAGAUCGACAGUUAGUAUCUGUCCCAAACAGUACUAUAUUACACUUUUCGUUCAUCAUGAUCAAGCACAAUACAAUCAGAUGUUGUCGUCAGUGUUUUCGUUCCAAACACCGGAAUUUUACUAGUAAUGAAUCUGUUAGCUUCGGGUUCUACCCCGUCUACUUCACAGUGCCUUUGUAAAUAUUUUGAUAGAACUAGAUAGAACUUGAUUUGUUAUUGUUUGGUUUUACAUUUACACCUCACUUGCGCAAGUGAGGAGCCAUCGGAAUUGCGCACAAAUAGUAGAUCGCAUGUUGCACUUUUUGAAUGCAAGGCACCAACUAGAAAAUAGUAUCUGUCCGUACCACCUAAGCUGUAUGCCAAGGCCAAAAAAAAUUUAGAAAUAAAAAAAAUCUUGGCAUAUCUUCUCUCGGGGUUCAUCACUGAUCUGAUGCCACUUUUAUCGCUUUGUAAAUUUGCUUCAUAUAGAACAUUUUUGCGCCAUAAAUCAAUAGACAAUCUUCAAACUUAUGAAUUCACGGCCGACGCCCACUUACCUAUUAAGCCAAAUACCAAAUCAAGAUAACCAUGAGCCCAGGGAAAUCCUUAGACGAUAAUGAAAGUUUUGCCAGCAGCUAAGCUAAUAGGUGCAGCGCCAUCUUCGCGAAGCAAAUAUUAGCGUCCCUGGCAAAGGGGCGUACAUUUAGACCCGAAAUUACUUUCUCGUUGUCUAAACGUUUCCCUAUAUCAUUGGUAUUGAUAUUUUGCCGAAUUAGGAUAAGCCUAAGGGAAAAACCGGACGUGAAUAUGAACACCUGGAAUCUUUCCAUAUCAACCCAAAGAACCCCGUUUUGACAAUCAAAUUAACGCUUUCAUGCCAGCACCUCCAUACGCUUAAUUAUUUGCUCAAGGGAGACCCUUAGCUAACAUUUUCACUGUCCUUUAUAUAUUAUCCCAAGGACUUUAUGUAUAAAACACUGUCGUUCGUAUUUCUAGUGGUACACUAAGUGGUUUUACUUUAUUACUUUGAAUAACAGUUUGUACACCAAAUAAGACCAUCAAACAUCAACGAGAUUUCCGGGUCCAGUUUAAGCAAUAUAGCACACUAUUGUAACAUUAUUGAUAGUUAUAUUCAAUAAUAACAUGUUAUGUUGACAACAAAAUAAAAAUAAUACAUUUA